CGUCCGAAGUGAUCGUUACUCCGAAAGAAUCAUUUAUCAUCGGACUAUACUUAGUAAAUAUUGAUAAAACCGAGAGGUUAAAUGUGACAAGUUUUAUUUCCGUAUGAUCUAGUUCAUUUGAGUGGCUAUUCUGAACUGAAGAAAGAUAGAAAUAUGGAAAACUACUUACUCAGAGAUGAACUCAACUCAGACAUAAUGGAUGACUUUGCUGAAGAUCCAUUUUGUAACCCAGAUCAUCCUACAAGGAUAAGUUUUGAAGAUAUAACUUCUGCAGCCUAUAAGAUACGGAGUGGAAUAAACCUUACGCAAUGCAUAAAAUCACAUCUUUCGGAUAUGACGGGUAUGGAUAUAUACCUCAAAAAAGAUUUCCUUCAAAACACUGGAAGUUUUAAAGAAAGAGGUGCAAGAUAUGCUUUAUUGAUGCUACCCAAAGAGAAAAGAGACAAAGGUGUCAUAGCAGCUUCCCUGGGAAAUCACGCACAAGCUAUAAGUUACCACGGUUUAUUACUAAAUAUACCAGUAACAGUUGUUAUGCCUCUGAUAGCACCCAUAAUGAAAAUUCAAAAAUGCCGUGAACUGAAAGCCAAUGUCAUCAUCGAGGGGAAGGACAUGGCAGAAGCCAGAAGGGUAGCAACAAAGUUGGCUCGAGAGCAAGGAUUGACAUACGUAAAUGGAUAUGACCAUCCUCAUAUAAUAGCUGGUCAAGGAACCAUAGCGUUAGAAAUACUCGAACAAGUCAACGAUAUAGACGCUAUAGUAGUACCCACGGGAGGUGGCGGGCUGUUAGCCGGUGUUAUAGUAGCAGUCAAAGCCUUGAAUUCAAAAAUCAAAAUAAUUGGUGUAGAGUCGGAACGAUGCGCUAGUUUUUCCAAGGCUUUGGAGUGUGGGGAACCGAUUCAAACAAACAUAGAGGGGACAUUGGCGGAUGGUUUAGCUGUGCCAAAAGUUGGUUAUAAUGCUUGGGUUACGGCUAAAGAUCACGUCGAUAAAAUGGUGAUAGUACAGGAGGAAUGGAUAGCUGUUGCCAUCCUGAGGCUGGUUGAGAUGGAAAAAUGCAUUGUUGAGGGUGCAGGCGCCUGUGGACUGGCGGCAAUACUUGCGGGACAACUAGAUGAAUUCAAAGGAAAGAGGGUAGUUUUGAUACUCAGCGGCGGGAACAUCGAUACCACCAUCUUGGGGAGAUGUUUGGAAAGAGGCUUAGCCGCAGACGGGAGAUUGGUGAAAUUCAAAGCAACUGUUAGUGAUAGGCCAGGAGGAAUUUCCGAGUUGUGUAAACUUAUUGGUAGCAUAGGAGUAUCGAUCAAAGAUGUCAUACACGAGAGAGCUUGGGUCACUUCAGACGUUUUCAGCGUUGAGGUAAAGGUGGUUUGUGAAACCAGAGACUAUGCCCAUAGCUUGGAAUUGAGAGAACUUAUGUUCGCCCAUUACAAAAAAGUAAAAUUUGAGAAUUUACGUUCCAUAAAACAUUCUAAACCAGACAUAACGUCAUCAAUCGCAGGAAUUUAGACUAAACUUCAAUGUGGUUUGUUUUCAAGAUUUUUUGUGAUAUAUAAUUAUUUAUUCAUAUUUAAUAUAUUCAGUUCUGUUAUAUUUGUGCAUAUUGCUGUCAUCGGUGUUUCUAAUGAAAUAAACUCUAAUUACUUAC